AUGGACCCACAAUUCUACAGAAUUUCCCCAUUUGGGACUGACCCAGCAGACCCUGAUCAGCCCAUGACGUCAGAGAAUGGUCCGGGCUCUCCCUCCUCAGGGGAGGAGACAAAGGUGGCCACUGCCCCAUCACCCAAGAAAAGGAGGGGAGUGCAGAAGAGGGUGGUGACAGUACCGAUCGGUGACGUGGAGGGAUCCAAGAGCAAAGGGGAGGGCCAUCCACCGUCAGAUUCUUGGGCUUGGAGGAAGUACGGCCAAAAGCCCAUCAAAGGGUCUCCAUAUCCCAGGGGAUAUUAUCGAUGUAGUAGCUCCAAGGGUUGCCCGGCAAGGAAACAAGUGGAGAGAAGUCGUGUGGACCCCACAAUGCUCUUGAUCACCUAUGCUUGUGAGCACAACCACCCCAAGCCCACCACCAAGCCACACCAAACCUCCACUGCCACGUCACCCAACGCCGAACCCGAACUUCCCGCCAAAACAGUCACACCCAAUGAUGAGGAGCUCACAAUUUUUGCGAGCCAAGUUGACCUUGACCUUAGUGACGACUCGGCCACGUUGCUUAGCGCCUUCGGUUGGUUCAGUGAUGUGGCAUCGACAGCUGUUCUAGAAAGUCCGAUUUGUGCGGGAAAUAGUAGUUGCGUUGAUUAUGACAUGGCAACGAGGUUGGGAGAUGAGGAGGACGAGUAUUUGUUCGCCGACCUGGGAGAGUUACCGGAGGGUUCAAUGAUUUUCCGACACAAGAUGGUGGAAUCGGACGAGCAGAACCGGAGAUGUAGUUUAAGUGUAGUUCCUUGUUGUGAUAGUAGAUGA